AUGGAGCAAGUGAAAGUGCUCAGCGUAUGGAUGAGCCCAUUCGGCAUCCGCCCCUUGAUUGCCCUUGAAGAGAGAGGAGUCAAAUAUGAUUACCAAGAAGAGGCGCUGCCCAACAAUAAGAGCGACCUCCUCCUGCAAAUGAAUCCUGUCUACAAGAAAAUACCUGUCCUCAUCCACAAUGGCAAGCCCAUAUGCGAGUCUCUAAUUAUUCUUCACUACAUUGAUGAGACCUGGGGCUCCGAGAAGUUUUUGCCAUAUGACCGAGCCCUUGCCCGCUUCUGGGCUGACUUCAUUGAUAAGAAGAUUUUCGAGACGGGGUUUCGUAUAGUGAUUUCGAAAGAUGAGGCUCAGGAGCAGGCGAAGCGUGACAUGCUGGAGAAUUUCCAAUUAUUAGAAGGUGCAAUGAAAGAAAUGUCAGGAGGAGGAUCACUGCCUUUCUUCACUGGAAAGGAUUUGGGGUUCCUGGAUUUCGCGUUCAUACCUAUAAUAUGUUGGUUUCAUACAUAUGAAAGUAUUGGGAAUUUCAAGAUACCGUUUGAGACUGAAUAUCCGUUGCUUGAUGCUUGGGUCAAGAGAUGUCUGGAGAGAGAGAGCGUCAAGAAAAUUCUUCCCUCCUCUGACCGGAUUCUGGAACUGGGCUUCAAAAUAAGGAAGAGAUAUGGGGUAGACUAAAUUGCAACUGAUUUAUGCGCUGUAGACUGUAUUUGUAAGUUGCUUAAGCAGAUAGCUUGUGUAAGC